UCCUACGUGAGCUAGGGAGAUAGCAAAAUAACUUCUUCUGUGUGUGCACCAGAGUUAAGAAGUUGUGUCUUGCAAUUUAUCUAAAUAUAAUAGGGUGUUCUCUAUUUACUUGUGAGAGAACCAAGGGUGUAUUUGGGGUUUGGGUUUGUGUGAGAGUGUCUUCAAGUCAUUGUUGUAAUCUCCACAAUUAUAGUGAAAAUUUAUUCUGUCGCCUUUCGUGGACAUAGGCAUAUUGACGAAUCACGUAAAAUUCUUUGUGUCAUAUUUUCUUCUCUCUCUUUUUUAACCUUGUGUUAACAAAUUAUUUCACCCAAUUUUCACAACAAGACUAAAUAGGGGAAUUUACUUUUAUGGACACUACCAGUCAUUUAUAAAUAAGGUUGUUUCCAUAGUCCGUUAUGCUUUCUUUACUCAUAUCCCUCUUAAUUUCCAUUUAGUCACAUCUUUCUUUCAUUCUCCUCUUCUUCUUCCAUAUUUUCUCAAUUCUUUUGCUCAUAGAUUCCAAUGGCUCUGCAAAUCAACCAAGGAGGCUCUUCUUCUUCCACUGCCGAAUGCAUGUAUGACAUUUUCUUGAGCUUUAGAGGUGAAGAUACUCGCUAUAAUUUUACUAGUCAUUUAUAUAAGGCUUUAUGUGACAAAGGUUUUAACACCUUUAUUGAUGAUGAUAAUCUUCAAAGAGGAGAAGAAAUUUCAACGGAGCUUCUCAAAGCGAUAGAAUUGUCAAUGAUUUCGAUUGUUGUAUUUUCUGAAAAUUAUGCAUCUUCAACUUGGUGUUUGAAGGAACUUGUCAAAAUUCUUGAGUGUAAGAAUUUUGGCCAACUUGUUCUACCUGUUUUUUACAAAGUAAAUCCAUCAGAAGUAUGUAAACAAGAGGGAAAGUUUCAGAUUGCACUAACUAAACAUGAAGAAAAAGAAAACAGAGAUAAGGUUCAGAGUUGGAGGGAAGCUUUAACCAAAGCAACUGAUUUGGCUGGAUUCUCUUACAAGGAUGGGGAAAUCGUUCAACAAGAAUCUGAAAACCCUGAAAAUUGUAGCAGGAUAUGGUGUUAUGAGGAUGCUUAUGAAGUGCUAACUAGAAAUAUGGGGACUGAUAAAAUUCAAGCAAUGAUAUUGCGCUCACCUAACCCAGUAACCAUGAAAUUGCAAGGUGAACCUUUUGAAAGGAUGAAAAAUCUUAAAUUUCUUUUCGUUGAAAAUGUACACAUUUGUGAAGAAUUUCAAUAUCUCCCUAAUGGGUUACGGUUACUUGAAUGGCAUAAAUUUCCUUUUUCCUCUUGGCCAUCUAAAUAUUGUCCUCAAAAGCUUGUUGCACUCAAUAUGAGUUGGAGUAGUCGCAUUAAAAUGGAGACAAUAUUCAAGCAGGGUAUCCAAUUAACAAAUUUAAAGCAUAUCAAUCUUCAGGAGUGUGACUCCAUUACAGAAUUACCUAAAUUGUGUGCUCCAAACCUAAAGACAUUGGACCUCUCUUCUUGUACUGAAUUAGUUACGGUUCAUGAAUUGUGUGUCACAAACCUAGAGACAUUGAACCUUUCUUUUUGUUAUAAAUUAGUUACGAUUCAUGAGUCCGUUGGAUUUCUUGAUAGGCUACGGAUAUGGGACCUACAAUACUGUAUGAGUCUUCAAAAUCUUCCAAACAACCUCAGGUUGAAAUCACUCGAAGGGUUUAAUCUUGAGCACUGCUCUAUGCUUGAGAAAUUCCCCAAUAUUCAUCAAGAAAUGAAACGUUUAGAGAAUUUACAUUUAUCUGAGAGUGGCAUCAAAGGUUUGCCUUCAUCAAUCGGGUAUCUUACUCAGCUUACUGGAUUAUGGUUAAAAGGUUGCCACAACCUGAGGGAUCUUCCAGACAGCACCUACAAAUUGCAAAUGCUUGAGUUCUUGUCUUUUGACACUGCCAGAUUGAGACCACCGUGUAAUUUUUUUGAUGGACUUUCCGUAUAUGGGUUUCCAAGCUUAAGGGAGCUGUAUAUCUAUGAAUGUGGAAUCGAAUUAGAAUUUUUGAUGAAGCCCAAUUACUUUCCCACAUUGAAAGUUCUAAGUAUAUCUGGGACUGAUAUUGUUAGCAUCCCUGAAAGCCUACACAGAUUUACUACGUUAGAAUGCCUUGAUAUACGAAGUUGCAAGCAACUACGACAAAUUUUGAGGCUUCCACAAUUUAUAAAACGUGUAGAUGCAAGGGGCUGUACAUCAUUAGAUGCACAAUCCUCAAGCAGAUUAUUGAAUCAGAUUGGAGAAAUUUUAUGUGAAGGAGAAAGAAGCGACAUAUUAAGUAGAGAUUUGUUCCUCUUUCAUUGGGGGGAUGAACGUAGUUUUAUGGUACCAGGCACAGAGAUUCCAAGGAGGUUGAAUUCCAAGCAUCAUAGUGUUGGAAAUUCCAUAUCAUUCCGUGUUGGUCGCAAAUUUCCAAAUGUUUUUGCUGUCUAUUUCGCUUUUGGACCGGUGCCGCGUCCAUCCCCGGCUGUUCUUAAUGUUUACCUCUCCAUUAAUGGUUUUGAAAAAGUUUUGAUUAAUUUUAUUACCCCAUAUCGUGAUGCUUCUGAUACAUUGUGGAUAUCUUCUAGAUCACAUCUCAAAUUGCAAAAGUUGUUGAAUGAAUCAAAUCCAUCUGAUUACAAUCAUGUUGAGGUUACAUAUGGAUUAAUUCCACCUAUUCGUAAUUUAGAGCUUAGAAGGUGGGGGGUCAAAGUAGAAUGUAUCUGUUGUCCUCAAAAAUCUAGUAUUUCGUCUUCAAUGGCCCCUACCCUUGUUGACAAUUAUUCUGACUCCGAUCUGAAUCUACCAUUAAAGAAGAGGAGAAAGUAUUGAUUGAAUUCGGGAGAUAUAUAUAUGCCAAGGAUACACCAGGGCAUAUGACUAUAAGUUUUUGACUGUAUGAAGAAGUAAAGAGUUUAAUCAUGCAUAUAAUGGAGAUGGAGUUACUAUGUUUGUUAUGAGGGGUUUGAUAUGGGUUCAUCUUCAAUGGGACUUACUUUGUUGACAAUGAUUCUGACUCCAAUCUGACUUCACCAU